AUGGCCCCGGAGAAGCUGGAAAUAUUGGUGUCCAUGGACAGCUGGGUCGAGGAGAACAUCCUGCCGCUCCUGAGGCCCGUCGAGACGUCGUGGCAGCCGCAGGACUUCCUGCCGGAGGCCUCCGCAGAGGGAUUCUUCGACGGCGUCAGGGAGGUGCAGGAGAGGGCGAGGGAGAUCCCCGACGAGUUCUACGUGUGCCUGGUGGGGGACAUGGUGACGGAGGAAGCGCUGCCGACGUACCAGUCGAUGCUCAACAGCUUCGACGGGGUUAGGGAUGAGACAGGGUGCAGCCCGGUGCCGUGGGCGGUGUGGACGCGGGCAUGGACGGCGGAGGAGAACCGCCAUGGUGACCUCCUCAAUCGCUACCUCUAUCUCUGCGGGAGGGUUGACAUGCGUCAGGUGGAGAAGACCAUACAGUAUCUCAUCGGCGGAGGCAUGGUGAGCUACACACACUCUCUCUCUCUCUCUCUGUAGAUUAUGCAGACAUGCAUGAUGGAAAACGCGUGGGAUUUAGUAGUAAGGGGGGAUCGGUGGCGAAAGACGAUUAUAUGAAAAGCUGCAUCGAAUCACUUUAAAUGAAUUCUCGAAUAUAAAUGUCUAACUCCAUAACUAAUACCAUUUGAACCCAAAAGGUUAUCAGUCAAGCCAGGUACUUACCAGAGUAGUCACAGUUCCGUCCUCCGUGCUGAUCUUAGACAUCUUCCUUGCUCGUAGGUUCUACCCGUGGACAACAACCCAUACAUGGGCUUCGUCUACACGUCUUUCCAAGAGAGGGCCACCUUCAUCUCCCACGGCAACACGGCGAGGCACGCCAAGAAGCACGGUGACCUCACCCUGGCGAAGAUAUGCGGCACAAUCGCUGCCGACGAGAAGCGACACGAGAUGGCAUACUCGCGGAUCGUCGCCAAGCUUUUCGAGCUCGAUCCCGACGCAUCCAUGCAGGCCUUCGCCGCCAUGAUGAGGAAAAGAGUCAACAUGCCCGCCCAGCUCAUGUUCGAUGGGGAGGACCCCAAGCUCUUCGACAACUACGCCGCCGUCGCGCAGCGCACCGGUGUCUACACCGCCAAGGACUACGCUGACAUCGUCGAAUUCCUGGUGAAGGAGUGGAAGGUGGAGCAUGUGACCGGCCUGUCAGGGGAAGGGAGGGCGGCGCAGGAGUACCUAUGUAGCCUGGGGCCGAGGAUAAGGAAGGUGGAGGAGAGAGCGCAGGAGAGGGCCAAGCAGGCCUCUAUGGUGCCCUUCUCUUGGAUCUUCAACAAGGGUGUUCUAGCGUAG